CAAAAUGCCCCAUUCGGAUCAGAAUCGGCCAUGGUAGAUCCUGAUUACGGUCGUUCUGGAGCAGCCGAUUCUAGUGUUUUGGAGACCGAUUCCAGCUUCCGGAUCAGAAUCGGCGCCGGAUCCGGAUCCGAGUUUAGUUGUGCAUGGCCAACGGUGCUUACAAGUUGGCGGCAGAGAAGUCAUCAUCGUUGGAAAAUUAAACAAAAUUGAAAGACCGAACGAAGCAAGACGGCGGCCCUGUGUAGAACACUGUGCUUGAAGGCGAAGAGCGGAAAAGCCAAGCGAAGAGACUGAACCGCUAAAGAGUGAAAAACCUGAUCACAACAAUGGAGAACAAAGACAAGAUCAAAUUCGUAGCUGCAAUCGCUUGUUUCGCUGUAAUCUCAGUCUUCAUGACUACUCAAUAUCGAAGAAAACGUCGAGCAUUCAAAGCUUCUUCGAAGAAAUUUUGUUAUUUAGAGACUGAGGAGAAACCCCAGAGCAUCUUCAAACGUGUCUUGGCCGAUAAUUCCUAUACUCCAUUCAAACAUCUCAAUCGGAACGAAGCAAACAAUGAGCUUUCUUUAAUCUCGCAUCCAUAUGAAGAAGAGAUUACUGCUUUGUUGGAAAAUCCUAAAGUUGAGGUCGAGUUUAUUAGUGGUGACUUUGAUCUGGAAAUGAAUGGUUCUGCUGUUUGGGUGAAGACGGAGUCUCAAUUAGAGGAGCUUGUAAAGGUCUUGAGUAAGGAGCGUGUAUUUGCUGUUGAUACGGAACAGCAUAGUUUACGCUCCUUUUUAGGGUUCAUAGCUCUGGUACAGAUUUCUACUAAAAAAGAAGAUUAUCUUGUGGAUACAAUUGCUCUUCACGAUGCAAUGGGCAUCCUUCGCCCCGUAUUUGCUGAUCCUGAUAUUUGUAAGGUCUUUCAUGGUGCUGAUAAUGAUGUUCUCUGGCUGCAAAGGGACUUUCAUAUAUACGUUGUAAACUUAUUUGAUACUUCAAAGGCAUGUGAGGUGCUGUCAAAACCAUACAAGUCAUUGGCAUAUUUACUUGAAACAUAUUGUAGUGUGACCACAAACAAAAUGUUACAGCGUGAAGACUGGAGACUGCGCCCACUUUCAGUAGAGAUGGUUCAGUAUGCUCGAGUUGAUUCUCACUAUCUCUUAUAUAUUGCAGAUCGUAUGGCCAGUGAACUCAAAAUACUAGACAGUGGUAUGCUUUACUUUUGA